AUGGGAGAGGAUGACGGCUUUCUUAGGCAAAUCCGAUUCAAAUAUGGGAUCCAGGGUCCAUCAAGAUGCACGUCUCUGGUAUUGCUUCACCUGUUAUGGUGGCAAUCCAACGUGCUGUUUGGUGGAGGAGGAGGGUUUCAGUUUCUCCUCGGCGGCAAUGUUGCUCUUGGUGGAAAGAGAUACUGCUAUGAUCCCUUGGACCCAAAUGGAAAUUUUACAGUUACUUUCGACACUUACAAAUGGGAAGAUGAUGGCUAUUUGGCAAAGGUAACUAUCCAAAAUUACUAUCAAUAUCGUCAUGUAGACAACCCUGGUUGGAAGCUGGGGUGGAUAUGGGCACAGGAUGAGGUAACCUGGUCAAUGAAGGGAGCCUUUGCCACCAAACAAGGAAACUGCUCAUCCUUCAAGUCAGAUACAUUACACUCCUGUGUGAAAGAUCCCGAAAUACUUGAUCUCAUGCCAGAUUCUUCCCCAGAGAACAUGUCAGUAGGCUGCUGCCGUGGUGGCCUUCUUGAUGCAUGGGCUAUCAAUCCCUCCAAGUCAUUCUCUUCAUUUGAAAUUAAAGUGGGCAAUUUGCAGCAAAAUUCUUUUGGAACUGCACCUCUCAACCUUACUUUGAUGGCACCAGGUCUUGGAUACACUUGCGGACCACUUUUGGAUGUCGAUCCUACAGUUUCUUUGGAUAUUGGUGGUAAAAGACAAGUUCAAGUUUUCAGAACAUGGAAAUCAACAUGCACUUAUUCAAGUUUUGUAGCUGCCAAAACACCGGUCUGUUGUGUUUCACUCUCUACAUUUUACAAUCCUAUCAUCACAUCAUGCCCCUUGUGUAGCUGUGGAUGCAGAUUAGCAGAUAAAACUACAGAGACAUGCCUAAGAACCAGUUUCCCAUUGAUAACAGAUGAUGUUCAAAGUAAUCCUGAUGUGGUGAAAUGCACUGAUCAUAUGUGCCCUAUUCGAGUUCAUUGGCAUAUUAUGAGCAACUAUGUGGAUCAUUGGAGGGUAAAACUCACAGUUACUAACUAUAACUAUCAUAAAAACUUCUUGGACUGGAACGUACUGGUUCAGCAUCCGGGUUUCAGGCAGAAGGCAACAAUAUAUAGUUUCAACAGUACAAUGCUUCCUGCUGGGUUUAGAGAUGAAGUUGCCCUGUUUUGGGGCAUACCCUACGUUAACACAGAGCUGAUUUCCACCAAGGAGGACCAAGUGGGUUCAGUCUCAACAGAGAUGCUUUUGAAGAAGGACAAGGAUUCCUUCACAUUCUCAAAUGGAUGGGCUUUCCCUAGGAGACUGUAUUUCAAUGGAGAGAGUUGCCAGAUGCCCCUACCAGACAGUUUCCCAACUUUACCAAAUGCUGCUGUCUCCAAUUUUGCAAAAUCCUCACACUGUUUGUUCCUGCUUUUGACAUUUUUGACUUCUCAGGCUUUGAUGAACUAA